AUGUUAUCAAUCAAGCAAACCAAAGUCAUCGAGCGUUCCCCCAGCUAUGAUGCUACCAGUCCCCGCCCUGCAAAUCUGAGAUAUGUCUACCUCGUAACUGCUUUCGUAUCCCUGGGAGCAUUCCUCUUUGGUUAUGACCAAGGUGUGAUGGGAAUUAUAGUGGCUGAUGACCGCUGGAUCCAUCUCAUGAAGCCAGCCAAUUCUUGGGUCACGGGUGCUGUCGUGUCCUUGUACGACGUGGGCUGCUUCAUGGGGGCAAUGAGCAUCGGAUAUUUGGCGGACCAAUGUGGUCGAGAACGAACCUUGUCGAUUGCCAGCGUUGUGUUUGUCAUUGGAGCCGUCAUUCAGGCGGCGUCCUAUGACGUCCCGACCAUUACUGUUGGGCGUGUCAUUCUUGGAUAUGGAGUUGGGGCCUGUGCGGCGGGGGUGCCCUUAUAUGUAUCAGAGAUCGCUCCGGCAGGGUUGAGGGGUCGAAUCAUUGGUAUCGAACAGAUGAUCCUGUGCUUCGGUGAGCUUAUCGCCUUCUGGCUCGACUAUGGAUUUGCAUACCUGGACACACCUGACUGGUGGCGCAUACCUUUGGCCAUCCAGAUCAUCCCUGCUGUUGUUCUGGCUGUCGGAUGCUGGUUCUGGGUUCCCCCAAGCCCCCGUUGGCUUGUGCAGCAAGACCGACACACCUGCGCGCGAGAGGUUCUCGCGAGGCUGCACGGAGAUGAAGCCGCGGAAAUUGAGAUGCAGGAAAUUGCCGAGAGAGUCGCAUUUGAGAAGAGGGUUGCAGUUACCAGGUGGAAGGAUAUGUUCACUUGGCCCAUUCUGCGUGUCACGCUCAUUGGAACUGGCGUGCAGUUCUUCCAGCAGAUAACGGGCACCAAUUCUAUCCUAUACUAUACCCCAAGCUUGUACGAGCGUGGCGGGAUCAGCUCUGCCCAUACACGCAACUUGGCGACAGGGGGGGUUGGGAUUGUCUUGUUUGUUUUCGCAUGGAUCCCCAUUUUUAUCUUCGACAGGCUCGGACGGAAGACGUGGCUUCAAAUCGGUGUGAUCGGAAUGAUGGGUGCGAUGAUUGGGAUCACAGUCCUUCAGUGGCAUGCAGAGAAAUACCCGGGCGCGAGCGGCAAUUAUGCCAUAGUCGUAUUCCCGUACUUGUUCUAUGUCUUUUUCAACAUCAGCUGGGGCGUGGGGAGUUGGACAUAUGCCAGCGAGAUCUGGCCGGUUGCGCUACGGGCCAAGGGCAACGCGUUGAGCACCAUGAGCUUGUGGACGGGAUGCUAUAUUGUCGCUCAGGCCAGUCCUCCAAUUGGAGAUGCCAUCGGUUGGGGCUUGUAUAUCAUCUACUCCGGGAUUUGUGUGCUGGCAUUCUUAUUUGUCCGGUAUGCCAUGGUUGAAACGCGGGGGCGCACCUUGGAGGAAAUGAGCCAACUUUUUGGGCUUGAAGAUAAGUUCGCGGCUAGGAGGGGUAUCGAUUUAGCGGCAGCAUCCGAGUCGAAGACUGGGAAUAUUGUGCAUGAGCAGGUGGAGGAAGUGGGCAAGUGA